CUGGUGAUAUACUAUGCAGACCACGUCAGUAACUCUCUUGUUGUGUCGUACGCCUGGUUGUGACGCGACUUAAUAGAAUUUCUGGUGCAUUCUGCUUGUCAGAAUGGCCCUGCCAUUGACCGCUUGAUUCGACAAGUAUCUAUGGCUGAAGCAGAUCUGCUAUCUCGACGCUCACUUCCGUGACGCCCCGGUACCAAUUGGCGUUGGGAUUCUGGAUGGUGCGAGCGAUCAGCGCAUUUGUUCUUGUACUGGCUAUCGUGACAAACGUGACGAGUAGACGGGCCUGCAGAAUUGCGAACCCCGGGGUUAUCGAAGCCGGGUUGCUUGGAACCAAUUCUAGCGUGAGAUUGGAAGAUAGGUGUGUUUGUAAGGGCGUGGGUCAGGAGUAUUCCGGCUCCUGGACCAUUCGAACGUUGUUAUUGGUAAAGUGUCGAGUAAUCCUCGGUUUACUGGCAUAUAUAUCUCUUUGCUUCGGGCGUAAAAAUGGUGUCUCUGUCUUUGUCGGACUUGAUUGAUAAGUAUCAAUGGAUUUAACUAGGCUUCGGACAAACCAGACUCGAUUCAUCCGUGAAUGUCCAAUCU